AGGCAUUGGAAACAUCACAUCAUGGGGCUAUAAAUGUCAUUAAUGAAGGAGAUAAGUAGAUAAGGUUGGUUUCAUCGGUUCAAGCCACGAUGGCGACCCUUUCCGGAGUCAUCGUUAUCUUAAGCUGCAAGGACGUCGUACACGACAGGCACUGGCUCGCCAGCGAGUACAUCUGGAUCGUGGUGGCCUACAUGGUCUAUGACAUUUACGUCAUGUACCUGUGCCACUGGCACAAGAGCCAGGAGCAGGGGCCGGCUACAAGGAAACACUCCCUGGUCAGCAUCCAGAGUUUCCUGCGGAGAGAAAAACUGAUGGUCACACAUCAUCUCUUCAUCAUCAUCGUCCUCACGCCAGUGGCUGUGCACCUUCGAGGGGAGCUGGGGGACUUCUUUGUCGGCUGCAUCUACACGGCGGAGCUGAGCACCCCCUUCGUGUCACUGGGCAAGAUCCUCAUGCAGUUAAAAAUGCAAGACUCUCUCUUACACAAAGUCAACGGAGCCCUUAUUCUGCUGACCUUCUUCAUUUGCCGCAUCCUCCUUUUCCCCUUCAUGUACUGGACCUACGGGCGCCAGGUGGGCCUGCCCAUGUACAGAGUGCCUUUUCACAUCCCCUUCCACUGCAACGUGGCCAACGGGCUCCUGAUCGCCCCUCAGCUCUACUGGUUCGCCCUCAUUUGCCGGAAAGCCGUACGACUCUACAGCGGCUCUCCCGGCCCCGACCGGGCCAGAUAACGGGGCCUUGCUCACGGACAUGGCCCUCGAAUCCUGAGGCUCGGAGGUGGCCCGCCUGGACUUUCCUGAAUCGGCGUCUUACGGCCACAUCCACCACUGCAGUUUGGGGCACGCAGUCAGUGCCUACAAACACGGACUGCUAAGAUUUGUCUAUUUCGACCAGCGGACCUGGAUCUCGGCGUGCGUUAGGUUCGGGAUGCAGACGGGUUCAGCCUCUAAGCACCCAGCGGGUUUCCCACUCUUAACGCCUCCUCUCUCCUCAACCGUUCUGAGUUCGAAUCCCGCUUUAACAUCCGGGGUGUGAGCUUUGUCGUUGCCGGGUUUACGCAAACGGAACCCAUCCUAGCUGGAGGAGCCGGGGGGGGAGUAGAUCUUAUGGAAUCGUUUUGGAGCCUUCCCUUCCGUUUUUUAAAAAAGUAAUCCUUGUUUUGUACAUCAAAAGAUUCUAAGUUCCUCAGAGAAUUCCAGGUUUCCUCCGGGAUAUAUAGAUAUAUAUAUAAAAAAAGAGGCAACGCAUGAUGAAGGUUCUGUGGGUCAUCACGGCUUCGGAUCCUGUCUGUCGCAGGAGAACCGGCUCCUGGGAAAGCUGCCGCAGAAGGAACAGCAACAGGGGGGAGCUGUUUGGGUCUGGAAAGGUGUGGGUUCGAAUUCUCUCUUUGUCGCAGGAAGGAGGAGAAGAGGGCAGUAUUUGAGGAGCACAAAUCCUAUCCUGUUUCCAGAUCCGGACUGGAAUUCCAGGACUAAGAAAGGAUAGUUGUUCUAGUAUUAAGCAAGAAUGGGUUCUGGGUGAAAGUCCAGGCCCCUGUUGCAUCUUUAUUUCAUGGUGAACUUUGGCAGGCAGAGCCGAAGGGUGAUGAUGUUCUUGGCUUCUUAAGGAUCCCACAGUGGGUGCUGGCCAGGUUUCUCGAACUCGGCCCCUCCCUUCUCAAGCUAAUGCUACAGCUAGGGAAAUGGAGAGCCAGAUUUUCUUAGCCGGUGGUGGGGGGACCCCCUGGGAGGACCACCCCACCUUAGGCUUUCUUGCUAUUACUAUUUUUUUAAUUAUUAUUAUGACCAGUACGGUGCCUUAAACACUAGGUUCAGGGGAAAACCUUCCCUGCCAGAGUUUAACAUUGCACUAAUCCUGCACAUUCCUUUAUUUUAUUUUAUCUUUCCUGUUUGUCCAGAAAGCCGACGGCUGGUUUAUCUUAGAAACAACCACUCAACCAAACAAGUUUGCCAUAAUUUAUUUUUCCACGUAUAGUCUAUGCCUUAAAAGUAUUUCCUUAAAAAAAAAAA